CCACGAUGAAAUCAACACUUUUCUUCCUUUUUAUUUACCACCUGAUUAUUAAUUCAAUUUGUGACGUUCCAACUUGUGAUUCUCAACCUUUUUGCAAAGAAAUACGAGAUGGCACUCAAAAAUCCAGCUUUACAGUUAACGAAUACACCUUAAUAGACGGCGUUUUAGUCCUAAACACCACAAAUAAUCUCGGAUUUUUUUUCGAAAUGAAGAUAUUUAUGUUGGAGGGAGGGAUGAUCCGGGUUAAAUUAGAAGACCCGAGUAACCCAAGAUACGAUUUAAAAACCGUGUUAAAUCAAGAACCAAAUCUCCGGAUGGGAAAAAUCGACUUUGAAAGUCGCGAUUAUUUAAUUUUUUCCGGAGUAGGUGGUGAAGAAGAAAUACACGUUUAUUUUAACCCAUUAGAACUCGAAGUCUAUAAAUUAAUAAAAAACACCUAUGAGAUGAUCUUAAAAAUUAACGAUAAUCAAAUGUUAAAUUUCAAUGUUGAAGAUUCAAAUAAAGCAGUUUCUUUGGAUUUUAAUUUUAUACACGCUCAAGUUGCUUAUGGAAUUCCUCAACAUGCAGAACAACUUUCGUUACAAAACACUAUUAAUGGUGAAGAUAAAAACCCUUAUCGAUUAUUUAACAAUGAUUUUUGUUGUUAUCCCAUUGGCACUAAAGAAGCUUUAUACGGUUCUAUUCCAGUUCUUUACGCCCACGGAACUCAAUUAACUACCGGAGUUUUUUGGUUAAACUCAGCUCAAACUUUCGUUGAUAUAAACACAAAUAAUAAUUUAAAAUCGCUGUUUAUUAGCCAAACUGGAUCGUUAGAUUUCUUCGUUUUAACCGGACCUAAUUUAAAAGAAACGAUUCUUCAGUACACAUCAUUAACCGGAUCAGCCCCACUUCUCCCAUUAUUUUCAUUAGGACAUCAUCAAUCAAGAUGGAGUUAUAUGAGUCAAGAGGAUGCUUUGGGUGUUGUGGAGGAGAUGGAUAGAAACGAUUUUCCGUUUGAUGUGAUUUGGUUGGAUAUUGAUUAUUUACAAGAUUAUAAGAUUUUUACUUGGAAUUUAGAAACGUUUCCUAAUCCUAUUGGGAUGCAGGAGGAAAUUGGGAGAAGCGGAAGAAAAUUAGUGCUAAUUAUUGAUCCGCACGUAAAAAGAGAAGAAGGUUAUUUCGUUUUUGAUGUGGCCACUGAAAAUGGGUAUUUUGUAAUGGAUAAAAACGGUGAUGAUUUUCAAGGUGCUUGUUGGCCAGGAAAAAGUUCUUGGUUUGAUUUCCUCAACCCUUCAGCAGCUCUUUAUUAUUCAUCUUUAUUCACAACAUUCGCCAACACCACCGAUAUCGUCCACAUUUGGAACGAUAUGAACGAGCCUUCAGUAUUUGCCUUAAGCACCAACACCAUGCCUGAUGAUAAUAUCCAUUAUGGCGGAGUUUUACACGAAGAAGUUCACAACAUUUAUGGUUUCUCUCAAACUGUCAAUACCCAUCAUGGUCUCCUGGAGCGUUACAACCACAAGAAACGACCGUUUGUUUUAACCCGAUCCCAUUUUGCGGGAAACCAACGUUUUGCAGCCGUUUGGACUGGAGAUAACAUAGCAAGUUGGGAACAUUUAAAAAUAAGCAUCCCUAUGUGUUUAACUUUAGCAAUUUCUGGUGUUAGUAAUUGUGGUGCUGAUGUUGGGGGAUUCGUUGGGGAUGUUACUGAAGAACUUUUGCAACGUUGGUACCAAACCGGUGCUUGGUUACCGUUUUUUAGAGCUCAUUCAAGUAUGUAUGUUGAAAGACGUGAACCGUAUUUGUUUAAUGAGGAUGUCCAGAAAAGGAUAAGGAACGCAAUUCGAGAAAGAUAUUAUCACUUACCUUUAUGGUAUACUUUGUUUUUCGAGCAUGAAAAGUUUUUGGAGCCGGUUAUAAGACCUUUAUCUUACCAUUAUAGUGAUGAUGUCAAUACUUUAGAGAUGGAUGAUCAAUUUUUGGUUGGUAGAGAUGUUUUGGUCCAUCCUGUUACAGAUGAGGAUGUUGGUGAUGUAAAGAUUUAUUUACCUGGUGGUGUUAAUGAGUUUUGGUACGAUAUUGUUAAUGAAUAUCUUUAUUAUGGAGUUGGUUAUGAAACUGUAAAAGUUGACUUAGAUUCUUUACCAGUUUUUUACCGCGGUGGAAGCAUUUUAGCGCGUUUAGAAGAGCACCGCGCUUCCUCUCAAUUCAUGCACGAUGAUUCUUAUACAGUUUAUGUAUUUUUGGACAAAAAUAAUUACGCUGAAGGUAAUUUGUAUUUUGAUGAUUAUGAAUCGUUUGAUUAUUUAGAGAAUAAAUUUAAAUAUUUCAAAUUGAUGUAUAAUAAUAUCGGGGGAUUGAUUAUAAACGAUGUGGAUGAUGAAGGGGAGUUUGAUAGAUUAUUUAAAAUUGCCAAAUUAAUAGUUUAUCGUCAUCCAGCAUCGGUGACAAAGAAUUAUAGCGAAGUUAAUGUAAAUGGGGCGACUUAUAAAGUGGACCAUGUUAAUGAUUAUCGUUUUGAGGUAAAUAAUUUAAAUGUUACCAUUGGGGAUGAUUUUCAAAUGAGAUUUUAUUAACUUGUUAUGAUGCAUUUUUAAUAUUAAUGAUGGAAUGCAAUAUAAAGUAAUAAAAGAAUUGGAAAUAA